AACGUCUCAAAAUAAGGCAUUCAAUAGAGUCAAAUUAGUAUAUCUAGAUAAAAAAAUUGACUACUGGAAGUCAUAUGCUGCUAGGCAUGCAUUGGCAGUUUUACAUUAUAAUGAAGGGUAUACUCACUUAUUUUCUGAAAUCCGAGAAAUAUACUGUGGAAAACCUUUUGAAUCAGAAGAUAUAUAUAAUAUUAGUAUGAUAGAAAGUAGCUAUUCUGCCCAACAAAAAUUAAAUGUAGAAAAAAUUCGUGAGCAUAACCAAGCUAGGUCUGAUAAAUAUACCAAUGAAUAUAAGGAAUUGGUGGAAUUCGAUUUCGACAAGGAACUAGUACCAUAUAAAGAGAAAGUGCGAGAAUGGCUACUCAAUAAUGAGUUUUAUCCAUCCUUUGCUCUGUUGAUUGUAGACUUCAAUGUAACUAUAAGAUGUAUUGGAUGCCACAUUUUUAAAAAAUGCUUUAAGGAUGAAAGAGAUAAUGAAAUAUUGUAUGACGAAAUAGAUGUUGAAAUGUUACAAGAUGAUAAAAUAGAAAAUGAAAUGCAACAAGAUGCAAUAGAAAAUGAAAUAUUAGUAGAUAAAAUAGAAAAUGAAAUGCAACAAAGUGAAAUAAACCAACCUCAAGAUUUAGCCCAGUGUGUUAAAAUAAUUGCAGAAAACAUUUUUAAAUUUAAAUUUCCAAAACCAGAACAAGUAGAUACAAUAAAAUAUUAUAUAGAAGAUGAAAAAGAUACGCUUAUAAUUAUGAAAACUGGGACAAUUGAAUACGAAACGAAGAUUUUUGAAGAAAUAGCUCUUGGAUUCAUCUGUUUACUUUAUGUCACUCCUGAGAAGCUAUUACUUAAACAGUCACUCAUGAAAUUAUGUACUCUUACUGCAACUUUAUCUUAUGAUGAUGCAAUAGCUCUUCGGAAUGAUUUAAAUAUUGAUAAAAACAACUUUAGGGUUGUAAGGGAAAAUGAUUUAUCACAUCCAGAGCUAUGUUUCUCAGACUGUUUUGAAGUAUUUGAGGUGUUAGAUCAAAAGAUAGAAAAAAUAAUAGAUGUUUAUAACGGUCAAUUGCUAGAUAGUGAAAAGAAUAAUGUGAUAAAACGAUGGACUACAGGUCAAACACAUUUGAUGAUCACAAUAUCAGCCUUUAGGAUGGGUAUAGAUAUGCCCGAUGUUCAUCUAGAUAUUCGUACUAAUUAUUCUGUUAUUGCAAAUAAUAAAGAGAGUAAUGAAGAUUAUGAUGAACAAACAGCAACUAGAGAACUUUAUCUAGCCAAAGCACGACAUAAGUUAUUUGAGUUAGUAUCACAAUACCACACAUGGCCAAGUGAUCUGGUUCCACCAACUUGCAAUUCAUGUGAUAAUUGUAUUAGACGUGUAAAAGAUAAUGUAAAACAAGAUAAUGCGCUAACGGAUAUUUUAGACCUACUAAAUGUUGUUAAGGUAUUAUGUGAAAACAAUAAUAAGGCAAUUAUUCCUUUAGAUGUAGUCGAAGUUUUUUGUUGCUUAAAUAAUGCACGACUUCAAACAGAAUUAGCAUUAGCAGAUCUGGUUUGUCAUAAUUUUGUUAAACAAAGUAUUUUGCUAGAAAGAAAGACUAGCACGGCUUAUCUAAUAUGCAGUGUAGUAAUAGAAGGGAUAAUAAAGAAGGCAGAUUUGCUUGUACUAACAAAAACUUGGUUAUAUUAG